AUGUCAAGAGAAGUGACUUACGUGGCCCCACUGGUCGUGAAAAGGGUGCCGUCUGGUCCGGAAGGCGGGUUCGUGAAGGGGGUGGUGACUUACAUGGUGAUGGAUGAUUUGGUGGUGACUCCUAUGUCGACAAUCUCUAGUAUUACUCUGCUUAAUAAGUUCAAUGUGAAGGAAGUUGGUGCUUUGGAGGAGAAGGUGGUCAGUGUGGGCAUGGCCGAGGCUGUCAAGUUGUUGAAGGCUUCACUGGAGACCAAGAAUGUGCUCACGCAUGUUUUCCUGCGCCGUUGA